AUGGCUUAUAUAUGGGCAACAACUCUAAUUGUUGGUCUAUUAGUAUAUGCCUUCUAUGAGCUGCUAAACAUUAAGAAGAGAAAAAGGUUUCCUCCAGGUCCAAAAGGGCUUCCCAUUUUAGGACAUCUUCAUUUGUUAGCUGAGAAGUUCCUAAAGACAUAUGAUCACAUAUUUGCUGGUAGGCCUCAUCAUGAAGCAUCCCAGUAUUUGGACUAUGGCCAAAAGAAUUUGACUUUUGCAAAGUAUGGUGCAUAUUGGCGUAACAUGCGCAAACUGUGCACUGUUCACCUUUUGAAUAGCCACAAGAUGAAUUCAUUUCGAUCCAUGAGAAAGCAAGAAGUUGAACUUCUAAUUGAAUCACUUAAAGAACAAGCUCAUGAUUGCGUUGCUGUUGAUCUUAGUGCAAAGAUUACGUCGUUGAAUGCUAACUUGACUUGCUUAAUGGUGUUUGGAAACAAAUACAUGGAUGAGGACUUGGAUAAGAGGGGAUUCAAAGCUGUAGUUCAAGAUGUUGUGCAUUUAGCAGGAACACCAAAUCUUAGAGAUUUUUUCCCCUUUCUUGGUGUUAUUGAUCUCCAGGGAUUCACUCGCAAACUCAAGGAUCUUUCAAAGGUGCUUGAUAAGUUUGUUGAGAGGAUCAUUGAUGAUCAUGUUCAGUCUCAUGACGAGAAACAAGCCAAGGAUUUGUCGACACCAUGA